CUCAUUAUUACUUAGUUUGAUAGGAUAGCUGCUUCAAGUAGGAAAAUCAUUUCAUAAGAAGAUAUGAUUGACCCUUACACAUUCUCUCAUGUUGAGAUAUGACUGACCUUGAGUUUGUUACAAGAUGAUGAUGAUACUUUACUAUAGCAGGCUCUUGCUAUGUCGAUGGAUGAGCCUGCCUCUAGCCAAGAUUUACAGGAUAAUGAGAUGUCAGAUGCAACUGCUGAGGAUCUAGAGCUAGCAUUAGCUCUUCAAUUAUCUGUGCAAGACAGUACAAAAGAUUCAUCUAGUCAGCCAGAUAUGAGUAAGUUGUUGGCAGACCAGUCUUUUGCAUCCAACAUCCUUGUGUCGGUAUGUCUUGUAUUUCUUGUUUAUCUUUUCCGCCCCCUACACCAGAUUUAAAAUAAAGAUCAUUUAAUGGUAAAACAAUUGCUUGUGCAGCUUCCUGUGGUAUAUCCAAACUUCCAA